UUUAUUUUAUUUUUUAAGAUUUACGUCCCUUUGUUGUUACUUUAAAUAACUUAUAUUGUAACUUUUUGCAAUCUCUUUUUUUAUUUGGCUUAAAUGUUUGCCUCAAUGAGACAGGGAGUGUCUUGUGCAACUCCCAGUCCUUUUGACAGCUUACGGGCUCGACAUGUUGCCCGUGGGCAUCUAGUAUUGUACUGUAUUCAUACAGGUAUGUAAAGGUGAUUGUAUUACUACUGUAGUGUCAUAUUAAUGUUUGGAUAAGAUAUAGCUGUCAUAACCAUUUGAAUUGUUUGUCAACUUGUAUAUUAUUUUAGCGGAGGGAAGAUGUACUUGUUAUGUGUGCUCCUUAUGCUUCCUGUUGUGUUUGGCUACAGUAAGGGACCACCGUCAGAAAGAUGUGACAACAUGCGCCCAGGUCAUGAUAGAGAGCCACAGACUAUUGCAGCUCCAUUUGAGAUAACUUUUUUACCUGAUAAAUUGACAUAUACAGCAAAUGAACAGAUACAAGUGACUUUGAAAGGCAAAGGGAGUCAGAAGUUCAAAGGAUUUUUAAUUCAGCCACGUCCUAUUGCUAGCAAUUAUACAACAUAUGGUUCUAUACAAUCAAAUCCAGCAGGAACACGGAAUCCAUGCUCAAACGAGAGAACCAAUAAGAAUGUUGCCUUGUCACAUGACAGUAAAACAGAGAAGUCGUCUGUUACAUUUACCUGGAUGGCACCUUCAUCAGAUGUUGGAAACAUUGUGUUUGUCUUCUCUGUUGUUCAGGAUUAUGGAACGUUUUGGGUCAAAAAAUCAUCUGCAGCUUUAAGAUAUGCUCAGUCGAUCACUCCCACUGAUAUCCCAACAACUGCAGUGACAGACUCUCUGACAGAUGCUCCAACUAGUGGUCCCGUUGUUACACCUACAGAUGAACCUACAGAGUCACCCUCAUCCAUGAUCAACCGAGACCAAGCAUGUGGUAUAACAAAAGGCUGUUUCCCUGCUCCAUCAGAUUGCACCACAAACUGUGACUAUCUAGUUACUUGGAGAGAAUCUGGAAUUGAGGAUGUAGAAUUUACACUCCAAAGAAAAACAGCGGAAAAUAAUUACUGGAUUGCUAUUGGACUAUCAGAUGACCCUAAAAUGGGAAAUGACAGUGUAACAGAAUGUGUUUCCUAUGAUGGUAUCGUUGAUGUCAAGGUCUCAUUCAAUGAUCCAACAUAUAAAAUGAAUAGGCGUCUGGAUACUUCAAACUUUGGUGUAGGUUGGAUAGCUGGAUCAUACAGUAAUGGCCUCCUAUCAUGUACAUUUACACGCAAAAAAACUGCAGCAUUUGCCUACAAUGCUUUGGGCCGUCGUCGACGAGAAGUAGCCGAUGAAACAACUUUCUUUGAUCUUGGUUCAGAAUGGUUUCUGUUAGUUGCACAUGGAAAUAGCAUCAAUGGUAAUUUGAUGCCGCACUCACAGUAUCCAAAAAUAUCCAUGACAAAGAUUGAUUUCCUUACUGCUGAUACAGACACAGGUACCACACCAGCUGUGAGUGCCACAGGGAUUAUCAAGAAGGACAGUAGAUGUGGAAAGAGUGUUGGAUGUUACCAUGAUUGUGGCAGCAGUGAUUCCUGUGGAUUUUUAUUGACCUGGAUGGAGAAUGGAGAUGAUAUAGAUUUUACCUUGACCUGUAAACGAGGUAGCAACAGUGUCUACUGUGCCAUUGGUUUGUCAAAGGAUAACAAAAUGGGAGAUGACAGUGUUUUUGAAUGUGUGCACAGUGGUGGAACAGCAUCAGUGUUUUUAUCAUACAAUGAUGGCAGAAGUAAUAACAGGCUUGAUCAGGAUAAAUUUGGUCUAAGUUCUAUAUCAGCUUCAUAUGAAGAUGGGAUUUUGACAUGUGCAUUUUCAAGAAAAAGAACAGCAUCAUUAAGUGAAGCAGCUAUCUCAGGGCGUAAAAAGCGAGCAACUGUUGCAUCAUCUGCUACAUACUUUGAUAUGAGUGAGGACUGGACAUUAUUGUAUGCUUAUGGAUCGGUUAUUGGAGGUUAUAUCAGUAAGCAUGCAGUGUUGCCUACAGUAUCAUCUCAGAAAGCAGACUUCCAGAGCUUUAUGGACAUCAGUGCCACAACAAUAGAUAGAUCAUUGAUUAAACUUCAUGGUAUUUUGAUGACAGUUGCUUGGAUGUUCUUUGCUGUGUUUGGUAUAUUUAUGGCAAGAUUUUACAAGUGUGUGUGGCCUGAUGGAAUGGAAUGGUGUGACCAGAAACGCUGGUUCAUUGUACACAGAUCUUGUAUGGUGACAGCAUUUCUCCUGACAGCAGCAUCUUUUGUUGUUAUAUUUGUGCAUGUUGGAGGAUAUGCUGAGAUAGAGGGAUCAGGUUUUGAGAAAUCUCAUCCUAUCAUAGGGAUAGUGGUCAUGUGUUUAGCUCUUAUUAAUCCUAUAAUGGCAGUAUUCAGACCUCACCCAGGAACACCAAAACGACCAGUAUUCAAUAUUUUUCACAAGGGGUUUGGUACAGGAGCUGCAGUCUGCUCAAUUAUGAAUAUUUUCUCUGGGACCAUUCUAACAGGAGCAUUUGUACCAGAAUAUGUGAGAAUUGUACUCUGGGUGGCCAUAGGCUGGUGUGCUCUUAUUGAAAUCAUAUCAUUUGUAUAUGACUGCCAAACACAGAAAGAAAAUAAAGGUGAAGCAUAUGAACUGAAACCAGUGGGAGGGGAAAUGGAGAAACAGGAAAGACACCAGAAUGUUCCAUUGUUUAAGAUUGUUAUUCUGUGGUUACAUUUGGUGAUACUGGUUGGGCUGACAGCAGGUGUAUGUGUUCUUAUAGCAGUGGGAGACCGUAUAGCAGACCAUGAUGAGCAUCACUGAAUGAUACACAGACACUUAGUAGAUGUUUUAACUUGAGGGUCACUAUCUAUUCCUACCAUGUUUUAGACAAGGAAAACUAAAACACCACUUUCUUUGGCCUUUUUAGCUCACCUGUCACAAAGUGACAAGGUGAGCUUUUGUGAUCGCGCAGCGUCCGUCGUCCGUCCGUGCAUGCGUGCGUCCGUCUGUAAACUUUUGCUUGUGACCACUCUAGAGGUCACAUUUUUGAUGGGAUCUUUAUGAAAGUUGGUGAGAAUGUUUACCUUGAUGAUAUCUAGGUCAAGUUCGAAACUGGGUCAUGUGCCUUCAAAAACUAGGUCAGUAGGUCUAAAAAUAGAAAAACCUGGUGACCUCUCUAGAGGCCAUAUAUUUCACAAGAUCUUCAUGAAAAUUGGUCAGAACGUUCACCUUGAUGAUAUCUAGGUCAAGUUCGAAACUGGGUCACGUGCCUUCAAAAACUAGGUCAGUAGGUCAAAUAAUAGAAAAACCUUGUGACCUCUCUAAAGGCCAUAUUUUUCAUGGGAUCUGUAUGAAAGUUGGUUUGAAUGUUCAUCUUGAUGAUAUCUAGGUCAAGUUCGAAACUGGGUCACGUGCGGUCAAAAACUAGGUCAGUAGGUCUAAAAAUAGAAAAACCUUGUGACCUCUCUAGAGGCAAUAUAUUUCAUGAGAUCUUCAUGAAAAUUGGUCAGAAUGUUCACCUUAAUGAUAUCUAGGUCAGAUUCGAAAUUGGGUCACGUGCCAUCAAAAACUAGGUCAGUAGGUCAAAUAAUAGAAAAACCUUGUGACCUCUCUAGAGGCCAUUUUUUUCAUUAGAUCUGUAUGAAAGUUGGUCAGAAUGUUCAUCUUGAUGAUAUCUAGGUCAAGUUCGAAAGUACCUUCAAAAACUAGGUCAAUAGGUCAAAUAAUAGAAAAACCUUGUGACCUCUCUAGAGACCAUAUUUUUCAAUGGAUCUUCAUGAAAAUUGGUCAGAAUUUUUAUCUUGAUAAUAUCUAGGUCAAAUUCAAAACUAGGUCACAUGAGCUCAAAAACUAGGUCACUAUGUCAAAUAAUAGAAAAAACGAUGUCAUACUCAAAACUGGGUCAUGUGGGAAGAGGUGAGCGAUUCAGGACCAUCAUGGUCCUCUUGUUAUAUUGAACAGGAAUGUGAUUUUUUUUAGCUUGACUAUUCAAAGAAUAGUCUGAGCUAUUCUACUCACCUUGGCGUCAGCAUCUUACCUUUAUUUAACCAGGUUUUUGUAGAAAAGCAGUUAUUAGAUUGGGGUAUGUCGUCGGGCGGGCAUUCGGGUGUCAAACUUGGUUUCCGCACAACAACUUUAGUUUGGAAUAAGCUAUAGGCACCAAACUUGACCUGUAGAUAGAUGGUAAGGAGAUUAAGGUUGGGAUUACAUUUAGGGUCAUUUGGAUCGAGGUCAAGGUCGCUCUUUCUAAAAAUAGAAAAAUUGGUUUCUGCACAAUAACUUUAGUUUACAUUGAUAUAUUGAAAUUAAACUGGGUCUAUAGGUAGCUUAUAGAAAAACCAAGGUUGGGAUUGUAUAUGGGUCAUUGGGGUCAAGUUCAAGGUCAUGAUAACUUAUUUAAUCUUCACACUUAGAAAAUUCCAUGGCGGCGCGUUGGCUAGAGCGUUGGGCCAAAAGCUACUUUUUAGUCAGUGUGACGGAAGGGCGUCGGUUCAGAUCCUACUAAGAUCUAAAUUUUUCUUUCUAUUUUGCUUUUUUUUUUUAUGAUAAAAAGGUCAUUAUAAUGCCAUUUGGUCAAGGUCACAGUUACUUAAAAUAGAUUUUUUUUCUUUAAAAGAAAUUUUAUUUCUCAGUGCGGUCAUCAAAAAGGUGGUUUCCGCUUUAUAAUUUUAGUUUGGCCUUACUUACUGCUACCAAACUUUGUGCACAGCAAGCUUACCUGAAAAGUUAGCUUUGAAUGGUAUUUGGGGUCACUGUUACUAAAUAUAGAAAAAUGGUUUCCACUCAAUAUAUUUAGUUUGGGUACACUUAUUGUCAGUAUACUUGGUGUGUAGAUAGCUUAUAUCAAACACAAAAGGUUGAGAAUGUUUUUGAGGUCACUUGGAUCAGGGUCAAGGUCAGUGUAGCUAAAAAUAGAAAAAUGGGGUCAUAUUUGAAAUAAAAAAUAGAUUUUUGUUCUGUGAAAUGGAAGGGUGUUGGUUCAAAUCUCACCGAGUUCCAAACAAAUUUUUUUUUCUUUUUUUUCUUUUUUUUUUUGGUGACAAAAAGGUCAUUUUAAAAUGCCAUUGGGUAACUAAAAUUAGAAAAGUAUGGUCAUAGAUAUAAUAAAAGAUAUCUGUAAAACGACUAUUUUUUUAAAGAACCUAUUGGCGUGAUGCAAUUGAAAAUCUGGUUUUCGUGGAAUUUCCACAUUUCUUGGUAAAGUUUUACAUGCAAGUACAUACAGCUGUCACUUAAAGGUAUAUAGCUUUGAAACUUAUGUUUUCUUUAUCUAGGUCAAUUACCAACCUAACUCGGUCAAGUCCCAUUACUCUGACAUGUAUUUUGGCAAAAUUUUGCCCCCUUUUGGAUUACCGUAUUUUCCCAAGUCUUGGGACACCCUUAAAGUGGAGGACGGACGUUUUGGCCACGGACAUUUUUGUCUGGACGUUUUGGUCUAGGAUCUUUUGGCCUAAGAUGUUUUGGCCAAGAAAAUUUUUGAGGUAGGAUGUUUUGGCCAAAAAAAAAAUAUUUCCAUAAUAUGCAAAAUAUGAUAUGGAUAUUAAUAUGUUAUCAUAUGUUACAGUAUAAUUGAUCAUUUUUUAAGAAAAAUAAUUGUGAAUAAAAUUUAUUUUCAUAACUCUUGAUUUGUUGUAAAUGGCAAAUAUUUUCACAUACACACACACAUACACAAUGUAUAUAUAUAUAUAUAUACAUAUAAAAAGAUUAUAAAGAAAUAAAAAUAAAAUACCAUGAGUAUGUUUUAUUAUCAGUUUCAUUUAUUUACUUACACUAUAACAAAGAGCUAUAAAAAUAAAUGUUUUUAUACUUCGUUGACUAUAACAAUUUUUAGAAUAAUCUCCAGACCAUAUUUUGCAUGAUAUGGAACCACAAUUUAUUUUUGGCCAAAACGUCCUACCCCCAAAAAAUGCCUGGCCAAAAAAUCAUAGGCCGAAAGAUCCUAGGCCAAAACGUCCGGGCCAAAACAUCCACUGGCCAAAACGUCCUACAUUCCCUUAAAGUUGGGACACCCUCAAAAAUUGCCAAAAUAAUUAUUUUUUCGUACCUAAAAUUUGGGACAGAAGAAAAAUUGGACAUUUUUCUGUUACUAGAAGUUGGACAGUCAGUGAAGCAAUUGUUUUACCAACAAAAAAAGUGAGAAAAAUCGAGAGAAAAUUGAAUUAUAUUACUGUUUAAAUUGACUUGUUAAACUUCAUAAAAAAAGCUGAAGUUAUAAUCAGUAAUUUGACUGAUUGUAAAAUGAUAACGACCUAUUAAUUGCAUAUAAUAUGUCACACUCGUAAAUUUAUUACACUCAUAAUUUCUCAAACAAUUGUACAAACAAAUAUUAAUUUUAGUUUAGUGACAUUGCGUAAGCUUUUUAAUCUGCCCAGAGGAUUAAAUUGCAGUGACAUUUCACAUGGAGAGAGCACAAUAUUAUAGCAAGUGAAUGUGCAAGCUGCUUGCUCCAUGUCUACUAUCUUUACCAUCAUCAUCUGCAUGUGUGGUAAACUCGUAUUUGUGUUCUUGACAGAAUUAUGCCCCUUUGUGUAACUUCCUUUGGUUUUGCUGUAACUCUGUGAUUCCAGCAGGUAUACAAAUUUUGAUUCCAUACCUCAUGUUUUUAUUUCGAUGUAAAUGAGAUGUGGAACCAAAAUUUGUAGUCCUGUUUGGCGCCAUAUAACCUAUACUGUGUUUGUGCGCCAUAAAACCCAAAUAAAUAAAUAAAUUAAUUAAAGUAGAGGUCUCUUAUUGAGACAUAUAUUCAUUUUACUAUCAAAUCGCUGAAUAGUGGAGCGUGCUGUCGUACGAACAGCUCUUGUUUUAAUUUGCAGUUUGUAAACAUGGUUUUCUGUGGGAUUUCUAUGUAACCUCUUAUUUCUAUUGACAAAAAUUCAUUCCCACAACUUUUACUUUUUCUUUAAAAUACCGCACUGCUUAAAAUAAUUUAAGUUACGUGAAACUCUUAUCCACUAAACUUGUGUUAUAUUAAAUCUUUGAACAGUGUCAGAUAUUUGUACCUACUGACAACAAAGUUGUAGGGGGAGGGUAUACUGGUUUCAGGUUGUCCGUCUGUCCGUAGACACAAGCUUGUGUGCACCAUCUCUCCUCAUCCCCUUGACACAAUUUAAUGAAACUUCACACAAGUGAUCAGUAACAACAGUAGUUGUGCAUGGGGCAUGUUAGGUUCUUUCAACGACAAAAAUUGCAGAGUUAUGGGACUUUGUUUCUUGUUAACAUACUAUGUACAUACAGUCUGCAUAUGCAAUCUUGUGCGCGCCUAAUCUUCUGAACCCAUGCACAUAAUUUAAUGAAACUUCACACAAGUGAUCAGUAUCAACCCUGGUUGUGCAUGGUGCAUGUUAUGUUCUUUUAGAUAAAUAUUCUGCAUAGUUAUAGGACUUUGUUUUUAGCUCACCUGAGCAAUGCUCAGGUGAGUUUUUCUGAUCGCUCGAUGUCCGGCGUCCGGCGUCUGUCGUCUGUCGUCCGUCGUCUGUCAACAUUUAGCUUGUGUAUGCGAUAGAGGCUGUAUUUUUAGCCCACCAUCAUCAGAUGGUGGGCUAUUAAAAUCACUCUGCGUCCGUGGUCCGUCCGUCCGUCAUUCCGUCCGUCCGUCCGUUAACAAUUUCUCGUUAUCGCAUCUCCUCAGAAACUACUGGGGGGAUUUUUACCAAACUUUGUCAGAAUGAUGUGUUGGUACCCUAGUUGUGUCCCCCUGAAAAUCAGACUGGUUCAACAAUUUAUGAGUGAGUUAUGGCCCUUUGUUUAUUUCUAUAUUUUACAUAGAUUUAUAUAGGGAAAAACUUUGAAAACCUUCUUGUCCAAAACCACAGAGCCUAGGGCUUUGAUAUUUGGUUUAAAGCAUUAUCUAGUGGUCUUCUACCAAGAUGAUUCAAAUUAUUUCUCUGGGGUCAAAUAUGGCCCCGCCCUGGAAGUCACAUGGUUUAUAUAGACUUAUAUAGGGAAAAACUUUGAAUAACAUCUUGUCCAAAACCACAAGGCCUAGGGCUUUGCUAUUUUGUAUGUGACAUCAUCUAGUAGUCUUCUACUAAGAUUGUUCAAAUUAUACCCCUAGGGUCAAAAAUGGCCCCGCCCUGGGGGUCAUAUGGUUUACAUAGACUUAUAUAAGGAAAAACUUUGAAAAUCUUCUUGUCCAAACCACAAAGCCUAAGGCUUUGAUACUUGUAAUGUAGCAUCAUCUAGUGGUUCUCUACCAAGUUUGUUCAAAUUAUCCCCCUAGGGUCAAAAAUGGCCCCGCCCCGGGGGUCACAUGGUUCAUAUAGACUUAUAUAGGGAAAAGCUUUUAAAAUGUUCUUGCCAAUAACUACAACAUUCAAAUUUGGACCACAUGUAUAUUUUUGAGUGGCAAGAUGAACCUUGACAUGAGUUGACCUUGAUUUUGACCUAGUGACCUACUUUCACAUUUCUGUAGCUACAGCCUUCAAAUUUGGACCACAUGUAUAUUUUUGAGUGGCAAGAUGAACCUUGACAUGAGUUGACCUUGACUUUGACCUAGUGACCUACUUUCACAUUUCUGUAGCUACAGCCUUCAAAUUUGGACCACAUGUAUAUUUUUGAGUGGCAAGAUGAACAUUGACAUGAGUUGACCUUGAUUUUGACCUAGUGACCUACUUUCACAUUUCUGUAGCUACAGCCUUCAAAUUUGGACCACAUGCAUAGUUUUGUGCACUGGAAAAACUUUGACCUUGAUUUUGACCUAGUGACCUACUUUCACAUUUUUAGCUCAUCUGAUUUUUUGAAAAAAAAUGAUGAGUUAAUGUCAUCACUUGAGCGGUUGUCGGCGUCGGCGUCGGCAUCGGCGUCGGCGUCGGCGUCUGCGUCGGCGUUGCCUGGUUAAGUUUUAUGUUUAGGUCAGCUUUUCUCCUAAACUAUCAAAGCUAUUGCUUUGAAACUUGGAAUACUUGUUCACCAUCAUAAGCCGACCCUGUAUAGCAAGAAACAUAACUCCAUCUUGCUUUUUGCAAGAUUUAUGGCCCCUUUUGUACUUAGAAAAUAUCAGAUUUCUUGGUUAAGUUUUAUGUUUAGGUCAACUUUUCUCCUAAACUAUCAAAGCUAUUGCUUUGAAACUUGGAAUACUUGUUCACCAUCAUAAGCAGACCCUGUACAUCAAGAAACAUAACUCCAUCUUGCUUUUUGCAAGAUUUAUUGCCCCUUUUGGACUUAGAAAAUCAUUUUCUUGGUUGAGUAUUAUGUUUAAGUCAUCAGUUUUCUUGGUUAAGUUUUAUGUUUAGGUCAGCUUUUAUCCUAAACUAUCAAAGCUAUUGCUUUAAAACUUGCAACACUUGUUCACCAUCAUAAGUUGACCCUGUAUAGCAAGAAACAUAACUCUGUCCUGCUUUUUGCAAGAUUUAUGGCCCCUUUUGGACUUAGAAAAUAUCAGAUUUCUUGGUUAAGUUUUAUGUUUAGGUCAACUUUUUCUCUUAAACUAUCAAAGCUAUUGCUUUGAAACUUGCAACACUUGUUCACCAUCAUAAGCUGACCCUGUACAGCAAGCAACAUAACUCCAUCCUGCUUUUUGCAAUAAUUAUUGCCCCUUUUGGACUUAGAAAAUCAUUUUCUUGGUUGAGUAUUAUGUUUAAGUCAACUUUUCUCAUAAACUAUCAAAGCUAUUGCUUUAAAACUUGCAACAGUUUUUCACCAUCAUAAGUGGACACUGUACAUCAAGAAACAUAACUCUAUCCUGCUUUUUGCAAGAAUGAUGGCCCUUUUUAGACUUAGAAAAUCAUGGGUAGGACAAUAUUUCUAUUACACAAAAAAAAUCAGAUGAGCGUCAGCACCCGCAAGGCGGUGCUCUUGUUGAAGGUACAGGCGUCAAAUUUGGACCAUAUGCAUAGUUCCGUGUUUCAAAAUGAAAUUUGACAUUGAUUUUGACCUAGUGACCUACUUUCACAUUUCUCAAGCUGCAGCCUUCAAAUUUGGACCAUAUGCAUAGGUUUGUGUACCGAAAAAAACUUUGUCCUUCACGUUGACCUAGUGACCCACUUUCCCAUUUUUGAAGAUACAGGCUUCAAAUUUGGACCCCAUGCAUAGUUUUGUAUUCCGAAAUAAAAUUUGACCUUCAUUUUGACCUAGUGACCUACUUUUACAUUUCUCAAGCUACAGCCUUCAAAUUUGGACCACUUGCAUAGUUUUGUGUACCGAAAUGAACUUUGACCUUUACAUUGACCUAGUGACCUACUUUCACAAUUUUAAGGUACAGGCUUCAGAUUUGGACCACAUGCAUAGUUUUGUAUUCCAAAAUAAAAUUUGACCUUGAUUUUGACCUAGUGACCUACUUUUACAUUUCUCAAGCUAUACCCUUCAGAUUUGGACCACAUGCAUAAUUUUGUGUACUGAAAUGAACUUUGACCUUUACAUUGACCUAGUGACCUACUUUCACACUUUUGAAGGUACAGGCUUCAAAUUUGGACCACAUGCGUAGUUUUGUAUUCCGAAAUAGAAUUUGACCUUGAUUUUGACCUAGUGACCUACUUUUACAUUUCUCAAGCUACAGCCUUCAAAUUUUGACCACUUGCAUAGUUUUGUAUACCGAAAUGAACUUUGACCUUAAGAUUGACCUAGUGACCUACUUUCACAUUUCUGUAGCUACAGGCUUCAGAUUUAGAUCACAUGCAUAGGAUUGUGUACCGAAACAAACUUUGACCUUGACAUUGACCUAGUGACCUACUUUCACAUUUCUCAAGCUACAGCUUUCGAAUUUGGACCAUAUGCACAGUGUUGUGUACAGAAAUGAAAUUUGACCUUGAGCUAGUCAAUAAGUCUUGAAAUUUGGAACACCCAAAAAUGGCACAUUGGUGGGCGCCAAGAUCACUCUGUGAUCUCUUGUUCAAUUAAUCUUCAUGAAUAUUGGUCAGAAUGAUAACCUUGAUGAAAUCUAGGCCGAGUUCGAAAAUGGGUCAUCUCGGGUCAAAAACUAGGUCACUAGGUCAAAUCAAAGAAAAACCUUGUGUAUGCGAUAGAGACUGUAUUUUUCAUUUAAUCUUUAUGAAUAUUGGUCAGAAUGAUAACUUUGAUGAAAUCUAGGCCGAGUUCGAAAAUGGGUCAUCUCGGGUCAAAAACUAGGUCACUAGGUCAAAUCAAAGAAAAACCUUGUGUAUGCGAUAGAGGUGGUAUUUUUCAAUUAAUCUUCAUGAAUAUUGGUCAGAAUGAUAACCUUGAUGAAAUCUAAGCCGAGUUCGAAAAUGGGUCAUCUCGGGUCAAAAACUAGGUCACUAGGUCAAAUCAAAGAAAAACCUUGUGUAUGCGAUAGAGGCUGUAUUUUUCAAUUCUUCUUCAUGAAUUUUGGUCAGAAUGAUAACCUUGAUGACAUCUAGGCCGAGUUCAGAAAUGGGUCUUCUCGGGUCAAAAACUAGGUCACUAGGUCAAAUCAAAGAAAAACCUUGUGUAUGCGAUAGAGGCUGUAUUUUUCAAUUGAUCUUCAUGAAUUUUGGUCAGAAUGAUUGCCUUGAUGAAAUCUAGGCCGAGUUCGAAAAUGGGUCAUCUCGGGUCAAAAACUAGGUCACUAGGUCAAAUCAAAGAAAAACCUUGUGUAUGCGAUAGAGGAGGUAUUUUUCAAUUGAUCUUCAUGAAUUUUGGUCAGAAUGAUUACCUUGAUGAAAUCUAGGCAGAGUUCGAAAAUGGGUCAUCUGGGGUCAAAACCUAGGUCACUAGGUCAUAUCACGUAAAAACCUUGUGUAUGCGAUAGAGGCUGUAUUUUUCAAUUGAUCUUCAUGAAUUUUGGUCAGAAUGAUUGCCUUGAUAAAAUUUAGACCAAGUUCGAGAAUGGGUCAUCUGGGAUCAAAAACUAGGUCACUAGGUCAAAUCAAAGAAAAACCUUGUGUAUGCAAUAGAGGCUGUAUUUUUCAACUGAUCUUCAUGAAAUGUAGCCAGAAUGAUUACCUUGAUAAAAUCUAGGCUGAUUUCGAAAAUGGGUCAUCUGGGGUCAAAAACUAGGUCACUAGGUCAAAUCGAAGAAAAACAUUGUGUAUGCAAUAGAGGAUGUAUUUUUCAAUUGAUCUUCAUGAAAUUUGGUCAGAGUGAUUGCCUUGAUGAAAACUAGGUCGGUUUUGAAUAUGGGUUAUCUGAGGUCAAAAACUAGGUCACUAGGUCAAAUUAAAGAAAAAUCUUGUGUAUGCGAUAGAGACUGUUUUUUUCAGUUGAUAUUUAUGAAAUUUGGUCAGGUUGAUUGCCUUAAUGAAAUCUAGGUCGAAUUUGAAUAUGGGUCAUCUGAGGUCAAAAACUAGGUCACUUGGUCAAAUCAAAGAAAAAACUUCUGUAUGUGAUAGAGGCUGUAUUUUUCGGUUGAUCUUCAUGAAUUUAGGUCAGAAUGAUUGCCUUGAUAAAAUCUAGGUCGAGUUUGAACAUGGGUCAUCUAGGGUCAAAAACUAGGUCAUAUCUAAGAAAGUGCUUGUUUUAUCGCAAGAGACCAAUUUUUUGGUCCAAUCUUAAUGAAAAUUGGUCAGAAUAUUUGUUUCCAUGAAAUCACUAGGUCAAACAUGUUUUACACUGUUAUGGAGUGUUUCUUAGGUGAGCGACCUAGGGCCAUCUUGGCCCUCUUGUUUGUUACUAUACUAUAUACAUACAGUCUACAUACAUACAGUCCACAUAAUUAUGCAAUCUUGUGUGCGUCAAAUUGCAGUGUACUGUGUCAGUGCAUGCGGGGGGUACAUUCAUCACCUUUAGUGAUAGCUGUAGUUUAUUCUAUUUUGGUUCUUUGCAAUUUUAAAUGGUGGUCCUAUUGCAUGUUGAUUUUAUACUUUUGAUUGAUCUUGAAUUUUCAAGAUUUAAAUUAUAUUACUUUAAACCUAGAAAUGUUCGCGCAUACUAUAAUUUGCGUUUUUCAAAGCGUGGACAUUUUCGCGGAUACAAAUGUUCGCAGAAUCAUAUCCAUCGCAAAUCCAGCGAAAAAUGGAAUCGCAAGUGAACAUAUUUAGUAUACUAAUGUGAGUAUCACUGCAUAGUUGCAUUUAUAGUAUUAUCGAAAAUGUUCAGUUUUAUUGUACCCUUCAAUUGUAAAUGCACCCUAAUCUUUUUCAUCCAUAUCAACGGUUAUUCACAACCCAAAUUAUUGACAGUUGGUAAAUUGCUGAUAUUACACUGUCAUUAAUUUUGUUUGCCAUUUAAAUAGGCAAUUAAUCAUCACUUCGCAGACAUAGACACAAUAUUUUAAUUACAAAUAAUAUAUUGUAUUGGCUGCCGACUGCAAAUUACAUUUAUAUGUCAGUCGAUAGAUGCAUAUUGUUUUUGUUUUUAUCCACUGACGGAUCGAUAUUGAAAAAGCUGUUACUUCAUACAUAAGUACUUUGUCAAUCGACUGAAAUAAUGUGGAUUUGUGCACACAUGUUAUGCAGUUAUAGUACUAGAAUAUGAGUUAUUAAUAUCCAGGUAUUUGUAAGCACAGAACCAUUUUAUAGCGAUAUAUUUAAGAUGAAGCUAGAAGCUUUCAAGUUUUUUGCGGCUAUUUAAUUUCACAGAAAUAUACUACCCACAAAAGGCGCUAAUAUGAAAAGCACGAAAACAAUUCUAGGUUUACAGUAUAUAAUGGUUGUUGAACUAGGUAGAUAUGGUUUUAUAUGCCCUAUGAGAGUGGGGCUUAUGUUAAUCUGUUUAGAUACUUGAUGAUAAAACUGAUACUAUAAGUGUAAUUUUCAAUAUUUUUACAUGUAUCUUGAGAACUCACUAAAAUUGUAUAGUCUUAUAUUGCUGUGUAUUAUGUAUUUCAGCUAUUUUUGGCAGUUAAUGAAUCCAAGUUUAUGUAAUUUUGUGUCCUUUUAUAAAUUUGUUUAAGUUAUUUUGCUAGAGGCUACAAGAUCUAAAGAUAGAAAAAAACAUAAACAACUCGUUAAGCUUGUUCCAUAGUAUCGUUUCAUGUAACUCUCUCUCUCUCUCAAUUCAUUCAGAUGGUUUCACUUGUUAAAGCUAAAAAAAUCUUUAAACAACUUCUUAUGAAAUGCUUGAAAGAUCUUAUUUAAACUUGGUCUGUAACAUUAUUGGAUGGACGUUUGCAAGGUUUGAUAAACUAGAAGUAAUGGCGUAAUGACAUUUAUUCUGAAAAUGUAGAAUAAAACCUGAAUUAAGCAAACAGCAGUGAAAAUUAGUUUUAAUCACCUGCCAGGAGGGGUGGGGGAUUAUAGGAAUGGUCUCCGUCCUUCAGUCUGUCCGUAACAUUUUGUGUCCGCUCUAUAUUUCCUAAACCCCUUGAAGGAUUUUCAUGAAAUUUGGGCCAAGUGAUCACCUUAUCAAGACGAUGUGCAGAACACAUGAGUCAGCCAUGUCGGCUCAAGGUCAGGGUCACAACUCGAGGUCAAAGGUUUGAGCCUUCCAUUUUGUGUCCAUUCUGUAUCUCUUAAGUUCGACUUUGUCUACAAACCACCAAUUUUUUAUGUAGUUAUGGCCCCUUUCCAACUUAAAUUUUGCCAGACAAGAACUUGAAAGGCUUGACAGAUUUAGAUAAAUUUUGGUACACAGGUGUAACCUCAUAAAAUACAGGUCAAGUACAUUUAAAUUGCACCUUCUUGUGGCUAUGUCUUUCUUAUGGUUGCCAUUCUUCUGUGACCGUAUUGUGGGGGUAUUGGUCACUCCUGUGACAGUUCUAGUUUCCUCAUACAUGGACUAUAAAAUAUAUUUAACAAAGUCAAUGCUUCCACCCAGUACCAUCGACCCUUUCACUAUCCAUAACAGCGGCCGUGUGACAGGAAAGGCCGUACCGGCGA